GAAACAUGGUGCUCUCCAACGUGCUCUUUCUUGUUUUUGUCUUCGGAGGCGCGUGGGCCUUCAGGAAAGAAGAAUGGCUCGCGGAACUACAGGACAUCUUCAACCGUUAUGGAGCUGACGUAGAGAAGCACGAGUUUAACGCCACGUCGGAGUUUUACACAGAAACGGCUGUCGUCCUCCCUCCAGAUCUACACGCUAUUCACGGCAGGGAAGAAUUCCCGAGUUACAUAGGCCAGCAUGGUGAGUCGGGGGACAUUUUGACAGUGAUUGACAUACUGGAAUACACCCAGGAAUUUGCGGUAGCUUGGGCUGAACUCAAAGAGCUGUACGACGAUGGACGUAUUCUAAAGGGAAAGUACGUGUGCUUGCUAAAGAAAGUUGAUGGAAAAGCUCUCGUUGAGAUGGAGAUCUGGAAUUACAAUUCCUGAACUGUUCAUCACGUUGAUUUUUGUAACUGUCAGUAUGGAAGAAUUCAAAUGCAGUUUUGUACAAUACCAACAGCUGAAGGCAAACUAAUGAGGCGACGGUAGCGGUAAGAUUACGACCCUUUCCUUUAUGAAUAUGAACGAAACACGUCUAACCGUAAUCCUAACCCUAUCUCCUAAUCCGAACACUAACCCCAACCCUAAAACAUAUUUCCAGUGAUGACGUGUUUCAUUAAUAUUCAUGAAUAAGUCACGCCUACCCGGAGAAAAGGUUGGAAUCUUACCACUACAACCAGUCUCCCAGAGUUAUCGCCAGGCCCUUGGCCAUUGACAAAUCCAGCCUUUCUAAGUCAAGAUUUUUGUCAGGUGAACGUAACUGACUCGUACCUGGUGAACGUAACUGACUCGUACCUGGUGAACGUAACUGACUCGUACCUGGUGACUCACUUUGAGCACUCCGAUUUCCUCUAUCCAUAAGCCUGACUGCUGUCACAUACAUGUAACUUUUUAUGAUAGAGUUAAAGAUCAGUCAAAUAAAUAAAUGAAUGAAAUAGGAAGAGGUUUGAUAUUUGUAAGGGCUACGUCUUGGCAGCUCUCUUCCAUGUCACUUCAGGAAAAAGUUCAUAACUUAUCAUUCAUCCAUUUUCUUUUAUGAGGCCUCUGUGGCUCUAAUGACCUAGAAGCCUCUCAUCAAUGCGGACACUGUGACUUCCGGCCAGCAACCGUCGUAUAAGUGAAAUAUUCUUGAGUACAGCGUAAA